AAGGCUUGAGCCACAUGGUCCACAUUAUCAACUUCCCUUUACUAUACAAUUCAAGUAGAUAAAGCCUCCCUUCCCCCCACAUAAUUUAUCUAGUUAAAGCUAAUUAAUUUUUGCAGAAUAAAGAUUGAAUUACAUUGAACCUGGCCUUAGUCAAUAAUUAAUAGCCAAUAAAAAAAUAUAAGUAAAAUGUCUUCUAAUUGUCCAAAUUGUAUAUGCUUGUAGCUGAAGCAAGGGAAUCAAUUUGACUCUCCUAGGUGUGUAUAUAUAUAUUUUUUAUGAACACUGCCCUAGGUAUAUAUGAACUCACCAACGUAGGAAGAAAAUUAAGAAAAUCUAUCUAUGGAAGAAGUAAAGCUACUAGGAUUCUGGCCAAGUCCAUAUGUUCAUCGAGUUAUAUGGGCACUGAAACUCAAGGGUAUCAAAUAUGAACAUGUAGAAGAUGAUAUAUUCAACAAGAGUGAUAUGCUUUUGAAGUACAACCCUGUCCAUAAGAAGGUUCCUGUGCUUGUUCAUGGUGGGAAACCCAUCGCAGAAUCCAUUGUCAUCCUCGAGUACAUUGAUGAGACUUGGCCACAGAACCCCUUGCUUCCAGAUGAUCCUCACGAGAGAGCUGUAGCUCGGUUUUGGGCAAAGUUUGGAGAGGAUAAGAGCAACAAAUUGUUUGGCUUCUUUAUAACUGGUGGACAAGAACAAGUGAAAGCAACAGAAGAAGUGAAAGAACUUCUGGGAAUCCUAGAAGAGCAUGGUCUUGGAGAGAAGAAGUUUUUUGGUGGCAGUGACAUAGGACUGGCUGACUUAGCCUUUGGAUGGAUAGCGUGCUUGCUGGAAAUCCUUCAAGAAGCAGCUGGGGUCAAAGUAAUGGAAGCUGAUAGCUUCCCUCGCUUACAGGCAUGGAUCAAAAACUUCAAUGAAAUUCCAGCCAUUAAAGAAAGCCUUCGCGAUCGCAAUGAGCUGUUGACAUAUUUCAAAUGGCGAAGAGAACACUUGAUGUCCUCAGCAGCAUCAUAAACAUAUUAAACACUACUAGCAUCAGCUUGGUCUGCAAUUCAACAGCUUGUGUGCUCUCAUUCUCUGAAUCUAAAUCUCAAGAUAUGUUAUUCUACAAAUAAGUUUGUGUGUCUGAGUGCGGAAGACAUGGCAGUGUGACUGGUAAUUUACUAGAUGUAUAAUGCUACAAGUAGAGGCUUGCAAUUA